AUGUCGCAGUACACUCUGGGAGUUCACCUGCAGAUCCUGCUGGCUGUCGGUCUGGCUGUGUUCUGCUACUGCCUGGUUCUUGGCUGCGUCCUCUGCUGUCGCAGAAGGAAGAGUGUUUCAUCGGAGGACAAGGAGGCCGUUUUCCUGCCUUCUCAUCCUGCCGAGAGGGUGACUGUGACAUUGACUCCUCUGCCGUGCACCCAGCCUGUCAAGCAGCAGUACGAGGAGCUGGAUGGGGACGUGCUGGAAUUCCCUUCCUCUAAAAGCAGCUCCUCUCCCUCUGAGGAUGACCUCACUGCCCUGCCCUUUGACCACAGCCCUACCAGAUCAGCUGAGCUGGUUCCAUCUCCUGGGUCUUCUUUACCGAUGCGCCGCCUCAGCACCCCGGCUGUUCCCUGCACACCCAAUAAGCCUCUGCGUCACGGCAGAGCCUCCCUACCUUCCCUGACUAAGCUAAACCUGGUGUCCAGGUCCCGUCGGGCGAUGGGUCGGCGCAGCACCGUGAGCGGCGCAAGUUUUCUUUACGGCGAGAGCAGUCGACUGACUGCUGGUGCUGCCAGCGCUCCCGCCCAGCAGGGGGAGCCCCGUCUAUCACAGUACGGCUCUAACUCUAUCUCCAUCUCCUCCAAGCCGGCUCCUCUCCUUCACUUCUCCCUGCUCUUCUCCUCGUCCUGUGGUACCCUGGUAGUCAACAUCCUGGGGCUCUCGGGGGCCGGUCGAAGGCGCACCGGGGUGUUUGUCCGGGCCAGCCUUCCUCCCCUCUGCCCCACCCCUCAGCAGAUAGCCUCUCGGCGCCGCAGCCUCAGCCCGGACCUCCACAGCCAGAGCUUCGUGCUGCAGGUGGGGUCCAUUGAAGAGCUGCGCGUUUGCACAUUGAGACUUGCUGUCUACAGCAGGGACUUCUCAGGCCUACGGGAGGCCGCGCUGGGGGUGGUGGAGCUGCCCUGUGAGCAGAUGGAUUGGGAGCCUGACACCACCACCACCUACACCAGGCAGCUCAGCCCAACCAAAAGCAAGCUGAAAAAGAGUGUGAGUUCCCAGGAAACAUUUGGUCACAGGAAGAGCUCGGUGUGCGUGCCACGGGUUUUGGGCCAGCUGUUCAUCCUGCUGCAGUACCAGACGCCGGCCCAGCGCAUCAAGGUGAUGGUCCGAAAGGCUGAGAAUCUGGCCAAGCUCACACGGAUCCCAGGAGCUCCAGACCACUAUGUUGUCAUCAACCUGCGUCAGGAUGGGAAAAUAAUUGGUACCAAGGAGACCAAAGGGGCCAGCGGUCCUAACCCCGUCUGGAACGCCCCAUUCCUGUUUGACCUGCCCUCUGGUGACAUCACUCAGCUGCCAUUGGUCCUUGAGUUUAUCGUCAUGCAGGGCCGUCUCUACACUAAGAGCAGCAUUCUGGGUCGUGUGUCCAUUGGCAGCGAUGCCUCAGAGGCAGGACAGGGACACUGGAAGGAAAUGUGCAGUCGGGGGCAAACUGAGACGACUCGCUGGCACACCAUCCAAUCAGAUGUGCUGUAG